AUAACGACUUAAACCCUAGAGAGAACGAGAGAGAGAGAGAGAGAGAGGGAGAGAGAGAGAGAAUGGCAGAUUGGGGGCCGGUGGUGAUCGCCGUGGUUCUGUUCGUUUUCCUGACGCCGGGGCUUCUUUUCCAGCUUCCAGGGAACGGCCGGGUAGUGGAGUUCGCCAACAUGCGAACAAGCGUCAUCUCCAUUCUUAUCCAUGCCGUUAUCUACUUUGCCCUAAUCACCAUCUUCCUCAUAGCCAUCGGCGUCCACAUCACCACCGGUUAGCGAUUAUCUCAUAUUCAUACUUCCAAGCCACAGUCCUUGUUUUCAAUCGCCUUAAUUAACCUUUCUUUUUUUCUUCUUUUUUUCAUUUCCCUUGUUCUUGUAAUAGGAAAAAUAU